GGGAAGUAACCAUUGUAUAAAUUUUUGCAUUAAAAAUAGGAAAUAUGUCUUGUAACAUUUUUUGCAGGGUUUUAGGUACAAAUGUUAUAAACAACCUUAUAUCACACACAAGUCGUCGGUCAUUGAAAACACAGUCUAUAAGAUAUGCAGCUAAGAAAGGAGCUGCACCUGUAAAGAAGAAAGAGCUAGAGGUAGUGACAGAUGCUAGAAUAUUGUGCACACGUCUAUGCGGAGGUAACAUAAAUAAAGAAGGAGAAGAUCCGGUGAUUGGACCUGAUGAGGAUUACCCAGAUUGGCUGUGGACAUUAAGGAUAGACAGGAAGACUACACCACUGGAAGAACUUAGUGAAGAUGAUCCUGCAUACUGGAAAAAAUUAAAGAUAGAAACAAUAAGACUGAAUAAUUCUAAAUUUUUUAAGAAAUAACAAUAGUGUACAUUAUGUAUACAAGGAAAGAUAUUACGAAAUAAAGUUACUUUCAAGGGUAUCACAAAGUUAUAACAGAUGUGUUAAAUAUUUGUUUUUACACUUGAAAAUAUUUAACAGGGCAUUUGAAAACAAAAUCAUUUGAAUAUCACUUUUAUUAGUUUAUAUUACAGAAUUCUAUUUUAUGUAGAAUCAUUGUUGCCCUGACAACAGGAAAUAUGUAGCUAUCAUGUU